CAGGCGGCGGCGGGAGCGCCGUGCCGGGCCGGGCGGGCGGCGGGGCCAUGCUGGGCAAGGACUACAUGCUGGCCAUCGUCCUGGUCAACUGCGACGACAACCUCUGGAGCGACCAGAGCCUGGAGACAGACCCUGACCUCCCCCCAAGCUGGAGGAAAAUCUGUGACUCUCUGGGUACCUAUUACUGGCAUGUGCCAACAGGCACGACACAGUGGCAGCACCCUGCAUGCACCACCGGCCCAGGAGGGCACCCGGAGGCUGAUGGAGAGGAAACACUCCAGGGAAGGGAAUGCCAGGGCCCUGCAGCGAAGCACUCGGCAAAGGACCGGCCCAUUCCCAGCCCCAUGGCUUCGCUGUCCCGGAGGCACUCACUGUCCUGGCACGGAGAUGACUUCCAGCACAGUGCAGAGCCCGGCUCCAAGUGCUUUGCUGUGCGCUCUCUGGGCUGGGUGGAGAUCCCCGAGGAGGACCUGGCACCUGGCAAGAGCAGCAUCGCUGUCAACAACUGCAUCCAGCAGCUCUCCAACAGCAAGGGCCAGGGCUCUGCGGAGAACCAGGGUGAGGGCCAGGACCUAGUGAUGAUUCUGAAGAAGGACACCAUGAGCCUGGUGGACCCCCUCGACCGCAGCCUCAUCCACCGCCAGCCCAUCCUCAACAUCCGCGUCUGGGGGGUUGGCUGCAACAACGGCAGUGACCUGUCCCCUCUCCUCCCUUCUGACUGCCACCACGGCUGCAGGGACAGAGACUUUGCCUUUGUGGCAAGCGACAAGGACACCUGUGUCCUCAAGUGUCACGUCUUCCACUGCAACGUACCUGCCAAGGGCAUCGCCAAGGCUCUGCAUGAGAUGUGCUCCAAGAUCGUGGCCGAGCGAGCUGUAGCGAGCAGCAGGCUGCCCCGCGCCGCCACCCUGGAGCCCAUCUCUGCUGAGGAUCUGCCACUGCAAGUGGACAUCCUAGAAGCGGUGAGGCAGUCAAUGCAGACCUACGAGGCGCUCUACAUCGGCAGCCUGCCCGUGCCCAGGGCCAUGGGGAUGGAUGUGCUGAACGAGGCCAUCGAGAAGCUGACGAGGCGCCCUGGGCGGGAGAACUGGACGCCCUCCCUCAUCUACGUGUCCGACACGGCCAUGAGGGUGCACCCGGCGCAGGAGCCCGAGGAGGCGGCGCACAUCUGGGAAUGCCAGGUGCGGUACGUGACCUUCCUGGGGGUGGGCCGGGACGCGCACACCUUCGCGCUCAUCGUGGACACGGGGCGACGCUUCCAGUGCGCGGCCUUCUGGUGCGAGCCCGACGCCGGCACCAUCUCGGAGGCAGUGCAGGCCGCCUGCAUGGUGCAGUACCAGAAGUGCCUCGUGGCCGCCGCGCCGGGGGCGAAGGCGAAGAGCGCGGCCGGCCGGGGCCGGGCCGGGCCGGCGGCCGCGGGGGACGCUGCCCGCGGGGCGGCCAAGGCCGGGGGGAGCGGCGGCGGGGCGGGGGCCGGGGCCCGCAAGCGGGGACUCUUCUCCUUCCUGGAGGUGUUCCGCCUCCGGCGGGCCCUCCUGCACAGCCCGUAG